GUAUGUGUUUCCUUGUUGUUUCAGUAUCGUGAGAAACAGGCCCUGCGUGACAUCUUUAUCGUGUUAUUCAGAGAUUUUAAACAACACUGUUAACAUCAUGUCUUGUAAACUCAUCGUAGCGGCUGUUGUACUUCUGAGCGUCAGCUGUUUUGCCAAGCAGUCUCCCCCAAAGGUCCAAGUAUACAGCCGUAACGUUGGAGAGUAUGGAAAGGAAAAUGUGCUGAUUUGUCACGCAAGUGGCUUUCAUCCUCCCGACAUCACCAUUAAACUCUUCAAAAAUGGUGUAGAGAUUCCUGAUGCCAGUCAGACAGACCUGUCCUUCGAGCAGGGUUGGGACUUCCAGCUGACAAAAUUUGUAAAAUUCACACCCCAGAAUGGAGAAACUUAUACCUGCGUAGUUGAACACUUGUCAGUCCCAAAGACCUUCACAUGGGAGCCUGACAUGUGAAUUAACAGCAUAUAGAAAUGCCAUAAGAAGAGAAAUCAUUCAUGCUGCAGAGAUUCUGCAAUCUGCUUUAAUGACAUGUGAUGUCAAUAUAAUUUCUUUCUUUAAUUUACUAAGACUUGAUGUUAAGAAUGUUCACUUUAUAUGCUUAAGUAUCCUGAAUAAUGUCUAUACAAACAUAUGUUUAAACUCUUUAGGGUGGUUUCACAGACAGGACAUAGCCCUAAUCCCAGACUAAAAUGCAUGUUUAUGCUGCCUUAAUUUCAGAACACCUCAUUGUUUUAUUUCAAACAAUGAGAUAAAACUUCCUCUCAAGUACUGUUUCUGUAAGGCUUGUUUGUAAAAAACUACUUAAAAGGUCCUAAUAUAAAUAAGACCUAGUCCUGUAUUAAACUAAACUCUGUCUGGGAAACCACAACUAGUAGUUUUAUGACUAUAGACUCAUUUAUUUUUGAUUGGUUGAUUUCUAGAUUAAUUUACUUACGCAUACUUACAUUGUUUAUUAACAAUAAUAGCUCUUCUUUUCUAUUUAAGACUCACUGAAGUUUGAACAGGAGUCAUUAAUAAAUAAUGACUUUAAUGUAUUGUAAAAGCUAUAAAUAAAUUACUUUUUUCCUAAAA